AUGCGAACAGCGCAGAGCAAGAGAGGCGAUUGGAUUUUUCAAAAGCUUUGUUUAUUUUUAAGAAACAAACAAACUAACAACGCGAGCGUGUGACGGAAGCCAUCAACCGCGCGUCUGCCGACCUCCUCAAAAUCCUCGCUUCUCUCUCUCUCUCUCUCUUUGUCUCUCUGGGUUCAGAGUACAAAAUCCCAUCCGACUCCAACAACACUCCGACUCUCUCAUCAGUCCCUGCUUUCCAACUUCCAACUUCCGAACCCCAACAUGGGCUUCCUCCAACGCCUCUUCGGAUUCGUCAACAAAAAGUCAAAGGACAAGAAGAAAAGGAGCUUAGCGCCGGACCCUGCCAACACCCCAACGACUCCGUCCCGAGUCGUCGGCGACCUGGACCCCAACAAGCACGCCAUAGCCGUCGCGGCUGCCACCGCGGCUGUGGCUGAGGCGGCGCUCGCGGCGGCUCAUGCGGCGGCCGAGGUUGUCAGGCUAACAAGCACCGGGCCGCCACGUGCCCCCUCCGCGCCCCAUCGUCGGUGGACGGCGGAGUCCGCCGCUGUCAAGAUACAGUCCGCUUUCCGUGCUUAUCUGGCGAGGAGGGCGCUGAAGGCACUAAAAGCACUGGUGAAGCUUCAAGCAUUGGUGAGAGGACACAUGGUGAGAAAGCAAACUGCAGACAUGCUAAGGCGCAUGCAGACAUUGGUUCGAGUCCAGGCCCGAGCACGUGCAACUCGCAAACACUUGUUGGAUUCCUUUCUUUCUGCUGGCAAAUCCUCCCACUUAUUUCACCGUGUCCCUGCAACUCCAGACUUAAGUGAUCGCCAACUUCGUGCUUGUAGCACCAAAUUUGAUGGCGCCUCAGUCUUAAAGAGAUGUGGUUCAAAUUCAAACUUCAGGGACAUCAUCGACCUAGACAGAGCAAACGGUGGUUCAAACUGGUUAGACCGGUGGAUGGAAGAGAGUUUAUUGAACAAUCGUCGAGACAGUUCGUUGAAAAAUGUGCAUGCCGAUGAUGAGAAGAGCGACAAGAUUCUUGAAGUGGAUACUUGGAAGCCGCAUUUGAAAUCCCAACAAAGUAACAGAAGCUCUCAGACACCACAGCAUGUUUUUUCUUCUGAUUUUAACAAGGAGAGCUUUAUGACAUACAACUCUCCAACAAAAGCUCCGAACCCGGUUCCGGCUCCAGCUACUCAAUCUUCCAGGGAGCUUUUAUCUCUCAACUCUCUAUCAUUAGGAAAAGAUGAAGCAGCAGCUGCAAGGACUGCUGAGAACAGCCCACAAAUGUAUUCUGCAACAUCUAGGCCAGGAAGUAGUGCCAGAAGAGGUCCAUUCACGCCCGCACGGAGCGAGUGCGCGUGGGGCUUUUUAAGCGGGUACUCGGGUCACCCUAACUACAUGUCUAACACCGAAUCAUCUCGUGCUAAAGUUCGGUCACAGAGUGCCCCAAGGCAAAGGCUCGAGUUUGAAAAUUUUGGUUCAACCAGGAGGUCUGUUCAGGGGGUUUGGGAUGCAGGGAUUAAUGCAGAUAGGGGUUUUUCCCCACAAGCUUAUCCUGCCUCUACCCGCUUGAAUAGAGUUGGGAGCUCUAGUUUUAAGUGAUUUUUCUAUGUAUGGCAAGCAAUGCUAGAGUUGUAAUUAUUUGACAUGGGCACUCAAUGUUCUCAACUAUAAGAUUAUGUACCAUAUUUGUCCA